UUCACUCCAGUCUACGUUUGUUUACAAAUGGCUGCUCCAGUCUCAACACGCAAGGAUUUGAUUUGAAGAUUCUGAAAAUGACAGACGGAUUUGGUGCAAUAACUUGGUGGGGCUUUAGCCCUGUUUUAGAUUUGCAGGACGGACAUGAUGGUCAUAGCUCCAAUGUUUGGCAAGGAAAUCAUAAAAUGGAAGAUGGUCCACUCCAUAUAUUGUUAGUGGGUGCUGGUGAUUUAAGACAUGUUCUAUGGACUAUAUCCAGAAAGUACAGACACAAGAAGAGAAAAGUAUUUUUCUACAUUGUGGAAAGUAAUCUGGAACUGUAUGCAAGGGACAUGCUGUUUCUGACAAUCGCUCUGGAACCUCAAAAAAGAAUGGGUCUACAAGAGAAAACAGAACUAUAUCUUGAGCUGUAUGGAAACAUUUUGAUCAGGAAGCAGUCAGCAGAAUACAUCGAACGGAUGUCAAAUGAAUUUAUCAAAAUGGUUACAGAUAUUGACUAUCUAAAGAAGAAACUUCCCGUAGUUGAAUUAUCAGAACUAAAGUUUAAAGAGAGAGAUUUUUUAGAUGCCAUUUUCAAGUUUUGGAGGAAUCCUGCCAUAGAUGGUGUUUUUGAAGUUUCCAAAUACUGGGAUCUAAGAGUUCGAAAGCUGUUGGGCACCAGAUAUGACUCAAGAAUGAAUGUGUAUGAUUGGGACUAUCAGAUGAGACUGGCGCAGAGAGAGGCAGAUAUAAUUAAUAUCCAUGAGUACAAGUCUUGGCGGGAAACUGGGGUUGCAUUUGAGGUGCGUGAGGCAGACUACGAGAUUCCAAACAAAACCAUGGCAUCCGGCCUCAUCCUUACACAUGAGGGUGAGAAGCAUGCCAGGCGGGGCUACUGGGGAGACAUUCUGGUCAGUCCGUACGUGGCCCUAGGCAUCCAGUGUGAGGACAAGGACUUUUUCAAGAAGGCAAACAAAAUGUUCAUGAAGACUGCCAGUAACAUAGCUGAGUACAACAUCACAGCCAUGCUUCAUGAGAUUGCUCACCAGAGGGUCUACUACCUGCCCAAAGAGAAAGAAGUCAAAGGCCCAGUGGAAGACCAGGGUCCCCAGAUUACAGAAAUAACUGAAGAGUCUGUGGCAAAGUCAACACAGGAUGUGAAGGAAGAAGAGCCAAAAAUGAAUGUUGAGCAGCUGUCAAAGCAGGUAGAGAAGGAUGUUUGUGAUGAGCUGGAGAAAACAGAUCUCAGUGAAAGGCGUCCCCUGGAGGAGGAGUACGAACCAAUCCAUGUGGAGAAUGUGUCCAUCACCUUUCUGCCUCUUGGAACCCUGCUAGACAUGGGCAAAAAGAGUAAAUACAGGAAUCUCUUUGAUGUGGUCUACUUUUCAAAUAGUAUGGUGCACUUACUAAAGCCAGAGUUAAACCCAACAUUUGCUGACAAAGCAAAUGUCAUAGUAGAAUCAGCAAGGUACAUGUUGGAGUUGAAACUGGAGCAGGUUAAGAUGUUUACAGAGAAGGUCAUCAGCAUAGGCAAGGAUGCUGGCUGCAAGAGUCCAGACAAAUGUGACCCAGAGACAGCAAACUUUAUCAAUAUGAGAUUUGAAAGGAAGAAAGACGAUUAAUUAUUAAACAAUGAGAAACAGUUGCUGUUGUGUUCAUGAAUUUGUUAGUGUUGAAAACAGUAGACUCUUGGACAUGGCGAUUAACACUGGUAAUAACGUGGAACUGUUGAAAGGAUUAUGUCAACAAUUACUAGUUUUAUAAAAAAACAAAAACAUUCCUGUCAGUUGAUACAAAAUGAAUAUUUUGAAAGCUU